CCUCAUUGUAAACUCAAAGUAAUUUUACAGCAGAAGCAGGAAGUGUGUAAGAGACGCAGAUGAAAGAGGGACACUGAAGACAGAGAAGUCCCUGGAAUAGUGUGUUAUCCAUUAAACCUGUAGGAUUUCUGCUAAUGAAUUACAUACAUACAUGCAAAGAUAUGGCUGAUAUUUAUCCAGAAGCCUCCAUUAAUGGGAUUGCAGCUGACAGAGGCAGGAACUAUGCAGUGCAGGAUGACACUCCUGUUCUUGACGGAGCUAAUGCACAGGUUGAAGAUUUCUUAGGUGAGAAGCCAGAUUAUGAUGAAGAAGCUGAAGAAAAGAGAUAUUACCGACGCAAGAGACUUCUUACAGUGAAAAGUGUUGUGUUUGCAAGCCUUGGAGCUGCUCUUACAUAUGGAGUAUAUUUAGGGCUUUUGCAGAUGCAGCUUAUCUUACAUUAUGAUGAAACUUACCGAGAUGUGAAGUAUAGUAACAUAGGACUGCAAGACAUUGACAGUAAGAUGCUGAUGGGAAUAAACGUAACACCUAUAGUAGCAUUGCUUUAUACCCCAGUCCUCAUAAGGUUUUUUGGCACAAAGUGGAUGAUGUUUCUCUCUUCUGGGAUUUAUGCUCUGUUUGUUUCCACCAAUUAUUGGGAAAGAUACUACACACUUGUCCCUUCUGCUACUGUCAUUGGUGUAAUGAUUGUCCCAUUCUGGGCUUCACUGGGCAAUUAUAUUACUAGGAUGGCUCAAAAAUACUAUGAGUUUGUAAACUAUAAGGAAGAAAAUGUGCGUGAGCAGCGCAGGGUGCCUCGGGGUGCUAGCCACAGAUAUAUUAUUAUAUUUCAGAGCAUCUUCUACUCCCUCUUCCAUAUAAGCUUUGUACUGGCUCAGUUACCAGUGCAUUUCUUCCUUAGCAAGUUCUUUUACUCGUACAAUCACACACUGUUCAAUGUGCGAGACUGUGGAGCUGCCAUUCAGCACGGGAUUCUUCCAAAUUUCAACUUGACUGUACUGCAUACUUUGCCUCCAAGCCUAAAUCUCAUCUACGUGGAGAGUGCUCUUAUGGGUGCUGCAUUGGUGUCGAUGUUGCUGAUUUUGUUACUCUGUGGUUCAGCUUACCGCCCUACAGAAGAAAUUGAUUUGCGUAGCAUUGGAUGGGGAAACAUUUUUCAACUACCCUUCAAACAUGCCCGGGACUAUCGCCUGCGCUGCCUAGCACCAUACUUUCUUUAUAGUGGCUUUGAAGUUCUUUUUGCCUGCACAUGUUUUGCUUUGUGUUAUGGUGUUUGCUCACUUGGUUUGGAGAGCCUUCCCUUUCUUCUUACUGCCUAUGGCAUUUCAGCCUCUUUCUCUUCCUCCCUUGCCCUCUGCAUGCUUCGUUUCCCAAGACAGAUUCCCUUGGUAGGCGGAACCUUGCUACAUUGCUGCAUCUUGAUUGGAUUGUUCUUCUGGAGCCCGACACCAAAACUGCAGUCACAGAAACCCCUACUGUAUUUAGUGGCCAUUCUGUGGGGUGUUGGAAGUGCACUGAACAAGAGUGGUCUCAGCAUUAUUAUAGGUGUGUUUUAUGAAGAUAAAGAGCGACAGGACUUUGUGUUUACAAUUUAUCACUGGCUUCAAGCACUCGCAAUAUUUAUUGUGUAUCUCUGGUCUGGGAUUCCUGUGACAGCUAAGCUGGGCAUCAUGCUGGCUUCUGCAUUAAUCUCUGUUCUUUCCUAUCUGUGGAUGGAGCAUAAACUGAGCUGCAAGGUGCCCUAUCGUGUUCCUAAAAUACCAGCCCCGCGCCACAAAGUCAAAGGAUACCGCUAUAUGGAGGAGGAAAACUCAGAUGAAUCUGGAUCAGAGGGUGAGAAAGAACAGAGUGAAGGUGGAGAAAGUGAAGAGGAGGAUAAAACUGUUCCGUGCUACAGGCAGCCAGGCAGGAAGGAAUGCUACGAACAAGCAGUGGGAGAUGAGGAGUGAUGAUUCUGGAAACCAAAAAGAUGAAAAACUGCUCUAUUUUUCAUUUAUCCUAUAUAAAGUCAAUUGUUCCACUGGGUGGCAAAGUGGUACCAUGGUUAGGAUUGAUACAUUGCUGUACUAGGAUCUGAGAGUUCCACCACAGACUAUCUGGUUUUCCUUUCAUCGAACAAGUAGAUUAAAUGAGUUGUAAUUAAGUGUCCAGUAAUGUAAUUAAGUGGAAAAAAAUUAUGUAUUUGUUCACCCGCACCUUCAAUUAUACUUUUUCUGGUCAACAAAUAUCUUGAAAGAGGAUCUUUACAUAGGUUAGCUUUUAUGUGCACUAUAGUCUUGUUUCAGCUUGAAUGGCUACAUCUAUGUUAUUCCUAUUAUUUUUUCAAACUGUAGUGUUUCUGUAGCAAACUUAAACUGUAUGCUUCGUAAAGGUGAUACAGAUUAUGUUAAGAAAUUAUUUAAUAGGCAAUGUAAACCCAAAAAUAUAUUGUUUUGCUUAAUGAAAGUAAUUGCUAUUGAAAGCCG